AAUGUAUCUAUUUUACAAGAUGUGAGUAUUUAUUAACAAAUUGAUUAUUUCCCAUAAACCUAUUUUUAAAUAUAUUUCAAUAAAUCGAUAGUUUUACAUCAGCUGUCCACGAAUCAGUUUGAUGUCUUAAACUGGAUUUGUGUAGUUUUUAAUGCUUGAUAUGUGAUAUAUUUUCUGAAAUUUAGUAGAAAAUUUUUCAUGUAAGUGGCAUAUUGUACCGAGAUGCAUUAACUUUAUUUGAUUUUUCUCUGUGAUCACAAAUUGCCAUUGUUACAUUACCAUAAAUUAAAAAUACAUUUUUAUGACUUCUAUAGAUAUUUCAGAAUAAAGUUAUUCUAAAGGAAUACAUUCAACAAGCAACUGAAUUUAAAACUUCAAUAUUUUCAUAUCCCGAUGUUUGUGGAAAUAACUGUCGCAGUAAAUUAUAUAUUAUCACAUUUAUACACAAAGCUUCCGAGACGUCGAGUUGAUAGUUUCGGUGAAGAACUUGAAAAGUAUCUUCUAGCCAAAUUCCAACACCAUUGGUACCCUAGUGACCCACUUAGAGAUUCUGCUUAUCGGUGCAUUAAUUCUGUCGGUCCCCAGGUAGAUCUUCUACUUCCUGAAGCAGCAGCUGUGAGUGGGUUAGAAUGGAGUGAAAUAGAAACAUGUCUUCCAGAAGGUCUCAUUAUAAGUGUGGAUCCAGGACAUGUGGUGUGCCAAUACACCCAGUCUAACUGUACAGGUCAUGACAGAUUCCUUUCGAACCAUUGGCCAUCAUCACCAAUUUCCUUAUCAUCAUCUGGAUGUUCUUCUGCAUCUUCUAUCUCAUCAUCCAACUUGACAAACUCAUCUCAGAUUACUCACCAAGUUCUUUACAGUUUACAAGGUGGAUGGAUUACAAACAAUACAAAUAUGUUAGAUGGAAGUAAACGAGGUCAGUUUAUAACAAAACUUAGACGUUUCGAAAAUGAUCAUGGCGAUUUACUGUCUACAGCUGCUGCUUUGAGUGUGUUAGUUGAACCUGAUGAAGGAAUCGACACCAAAUUUGAGCCUAAUACAAUGUAUGGAGUAAACUCCUUAGCUUUGAACCAUUCAAACUGGAACAAUGAAUCUUCUGUAAUCAGUACAUCUGUAAUAAAUCAGGAAGAACUUUCUAGGACUGAACCAAAUGAAUUUGAUUUAAAAUCUAUAAAUCCCCUACAAGCUGAAAUGUAUCAUGAGAAAGAAAUGUCAAAAACAAUGAAUACUUUUCCAUGGGGUGUUUCUGAAAACGUGAAAGAAUCUUUUUUAUCUAUAACAGGUAAUGAUCCGAUUGGCGGAACACCAUCAACAACUCAGUCUGUUAUUUUCAAUGCCAAAACAAAUACAUUCCAUUCAUUUCAUCGUUCCUCCUCUAAUCCUCCUCAUUCAGGUCAGUUAACAACAACCCAUGGUAAAGAAUCUAUUGCACUGUCAGCAAAUUUUGAAAAUUCAAAUGUUCUGUGCUCAAAAUCUGAUCAACCAUUCAAUCAAAUGUUUACAAAUCCAUUACCGAAAUCAUAUCCAACAUACAUACAACCUCUUAAUUCAUCACAUCCAUUCGUUCAAAAAUCUACAUCUACUCCAAGUUUUACAGCGGCUACUUUUGCUCAAACUAAAUUUGGCUCAACUAAGUUGAAAAGUCAUCCAAAACGUACACCUACUCGUAUUCUUUCCCCAGCAACUGUACAACAAACUAUUACAGCUAAUGAGAAUUUCUUAUCAAACGAUAGUGUUCUGACCAACUUUUUAACAAAUAACCAGCGUUUCGAUGCAUCGAAUUCAUCAAACAUGAGUGCAUUUAGAAGUUUUUUACCAAUGAAUAUUGAUAUAAAUACAACUAAACAAACCGGUUAUAUAACAAUGAAUGAAUCGAAUAUUUCUGAUCACAAUGAUUAUCUUAAUAUAAAUUUACAUGAAAAUGGGAAUUCAAUAUCUGAAAUGAAAUUUCUACCCAUUUCAUUUCAUCAAAGAAAUACAUAUAAUCGUAGUAAUAAUAAUCACAUUAAUAAUAACGAUACUUUUUUAAUAUCGAAUUUAGAAAAUUACCUAUUAAAUUCAUCGGAAGAUACUAGUCCAAAUAGUGUUUUGGAGAGGAUUCAUUUGAAUGAGGUUCAAAAUGAUGGUCAUACUGCAACGAGUUAUUGGCAAUCAUCAUUUGAAAAGCAUUUACAAUCUACCAAUAUGACAAUGGUAACAACAGAUGAAAUGGAUCUGAAAUCAGACAAUACAGAUUUUACCAAUUUAGCUGAUUGCACAAAUUGGAAUAAUAAUUAUUAUUCAUCAGCUAAUAGAACCACAUUUAAUCAUGUAUCGAACAAUUUACUUUUGGACAAUAAUUUCAAAGGUAAUUUAACAGGACUAUCAUCAAUCUGUGUUUCCAGUCCUGCUGAACAGCAUCAGAUCCAGCAACAACAAGUAAACAUGAAAACAAACGAAAAUUUAACCGGUAGCAUUGAAGCACCGACAUCAAAUGACGUUUCCAACAUUAAUAAUGAUUGUCUACUAGAUGAUGUUCUACUUUCUACACAGAUGGUAAAUUUGCUCUUAGAAGAGGACAGUCUAACUGAUCCAAAUUAUCGUGAAAACGUGUUCAAUUAUUUUCAUUCAGAUGAUGAUGAAAUAGAAGGAUUUAAAAAUAUUAAAAGUCAUUUGACCUUAACGAACAAAGAAAGUGAUCAGAAUGGUAAAGAUAUUCAUACUGAUAAUAGUAUUAGUUGUAAUAAUGGUCAUUUAGCGUUCAAAGAAGUGGAACCAAUUACAAAAUAUAAUGAAUCUAAUUUAAUUCAUACAGGAACAUCGAUAGCUGGUUCAGUCACAGAUAAUAUGCCUAGCAUGGUUGCAACAUAAAUUGUUUAGUCUUUCUAGAAAAUUCAGGAAGACUUUUUGAUUUGUUCCUAGUUUUAAAACUUUCAUAUUUUUCCCAUCGCUUUAUUCUUAUUUUAUGGUUUUCCUGGUUUUCUCACUAACAUUAUCGUUCUUUUCUCUCAUGCUCAAGUUUUUUGGUUAUUUUCUAUACAUUUAUACAUGCAGAUUAGUAUAACUAUUGCUAAUUGUCAUUACCAUUUACAAAAUACCAUCAUAUAACUGAAAACUUAGAGUCCAUCAUUGUUUUUUGUGUUACCCUUUCCUAAUGAAGACAUAAACAACAUAAUGCUCUAUUUUUAUCUAUUUUUCACUGUUAGUUUUGUUAUAUUUCAAUGAUUUAUUUCCACAAAAAAAUAAUAACCAAAACUCUCCCAAUUCUGUCCAACUUCAUUUCCUUAAAUACGGAUAAACACAUAGUAGAACUACAGACACACAUAAAGAUUAUACACAUACUAUACUUACUGAUCAAUAAUAAAACUACGGAUUUGACCUUAAAAUUGACAUCUAAUCUGACGCACGCUCAAGUGUGUCUGUGUACACUCUCGGAAUGUAUAUGACAUGCAUUAACUGAAAAAUUCCCUGCUAUGGCCGUUUCAUAGACUAGUGUUCUUUUUUGUGUGUGUGAAAUAUACAGAACAUUUAUCUAUCUAUCUGAAAAUGUCAUAUAUUGAUUCAUGAUUUAAAAUCGAUGUUUUGCUUUUACUAUCUGAUAGAAAAUUUAAAAAAAAAAUCAAUAGCCUAUUUCUUGCAUAAAUUUCCAUUAAUCAUCCAUUCAAAUGGAAACUAGGAUAAAUAAACAUGGAAUAACGAAAGAUAUUAAGAAAUUUGACAUUAUAAUGAUGUUGCACAGUAGAAAUGUUCAAUUUUGAAUAAAUGUUGAGAUCUGAGACUGUAUAAUAUGAAUGUAGAAAUCUCAAUAGAUCUUUCAGAUUUCUAAAACAAAAUUAAACAGCACAGAUAAACUUCUCUAAACACAAAAAUAAUACGAUAAAGAUCUAUUAUUUUAUUUAUUUGCUUUCCUAUUUUUAAUUUAUCUAGUCAAUUUUGUUUUUAUUCUAUCAACAAAGCUUAUUGUUGCUUAUUGAAUAACCAACUGUUCAGUGUAACAUUAUCAGAGGUUGGUUGCUACUCAUCGCUAACUAUCAUCAACCAUGAGUUCUUUCUUUUCUUUUUGACUAGUUUUUUUUAUAUUAAAUGCCCAGAAAAGAAACAUUGACAAAUACACACAGAGUAUAUGCUUGUUCCGAAAGGAUUCAGUGACCCUAUUUUUAUCAGCAGUUUUUUUACUGUUUCUACGAUUGUUCAGUGAUUAUUAUUACUGUUAUUAUUGUCACAUACAUUACUAUUGUUAUUAAUUUUACAAUUGUUAACUACUUUGUUUUGAGUCUUGGUAUAAUAAGUGGUAAACUGAAAUGAUUUCUGUUACAAAUCUGAACUAUGAUAUCCAACUGAUAUGACCGCAUUUGUGUGUCUGAAAGAGAGAGAGUAAUUAUUGAAUGUAACAAACCAAUCAUUCGACAGUUUUCUAUUCUUUUUUUUUUCUAUUCGCAAAUCUUUCCAUUAUUCUCUUUUUUCGAAUGUAUGUAUACAUGCGUGCGUAAUUAUUUGUGCCUAAAGAAUUCAGACAAAAGCAAUAUGAAUGUGAAACACAACAUGUCUUCAUUUUCUUUUAAGAAAAGUUUUUCGUCUUUCCAAUACUCCACUUAUUUUCUUAACUUUUAUUUAGCUUCAUUUUUAACUGCUUUGCGUGGCUAGACUCACUUAAACAUAUACACAUAUGGAAAAUAAUCUAUGACUACAUUUAUUUAUGAGAUGUAAUGUAAGAUCCAAAAAAGACGGUCAAACACAGUAGGAGUCUCAUGAGGUUGUUGUAUUUUUUUAAUUACCAUUAUUUUAAGCUGUGAGAGAAUUAGUCUUUUUUUCAUAAGCUUGUGUACUUUUUUCCAUGUUUUUAAUUAGUUUAAUUAAUAAUUUAUAAUUCCUAUAUAUGAGCAUUUUAAUUUGUUAGUUAUCUAUUGAUUGAAUCUACAUAGUAUUGGUGAUCAAAAAUGAAGAGAAUUUACGGUCUUGAUAAGGUUUAGUUGUUAAGAUUC